UCUCGCUAAGGAGGGCAGGUAUUAUCAUGGGCAGAAAAGUGCUUUUGUUUCUGAUUGUGGGGUUACUUGGAGCAUGGUACCUUUACACACCCCUCCCAGCAAACACCGAGCAACCCUGGACACUGAUGAGCAUGGAAGCAUGUUUGAAGACUGGAUUAAACUUGAUGCUAUUGGCUGAGCAACUGGGAAUCAGUCAUUUCAUGACCAUUAACAAUUUCUUUUUGAGCUUUCUGGAGACACCACCCACUUCUGAUGAAUAUCUCACUGUGGUGGAUACCACAUUCCACAACAUCCCUGUCCGUGUCUAUGUGCCAAAGCAGAAGUCCAAGACACUCAGAAGAGGCAUCUUUUUUAUCCAUGGAGGUGGUUGGUUUUUCGGGAGUGCUGCAUUUUCUGACUUUGACAAUCUCUCAAGACAGACUGCACACAGACUGGACGCUGUGGUCAUUUCCACCAACUACCGGCUAGUACCGCAGCAUCACUUUCCGGCUCAGUUUGAAGAUGUUUAUAACUCACUAAGGUGGUUCUUGAGUCAAGAUGUUCUUCAGGAAUAUGGCGUGGACCCUAAAAGAAUUGGGGUGUCUGGAGACAGUGCCGGAGCGAAUUUAGCAACUGCAGUGGUUCAGCAGCUCCAACAUGAUCAAGAUGUCAAGGUCAAAGUCAAGGUCCAGGCUUUGAUAGUUCCUGCCCUUCAGACUCUGGAUUUCGACUUACCAUCCUACCGUGAAAAUGCACACUAUCCAGUUCUGAACCGCUGGCUCAUGGUCAGGGUCUGGAGUGAAUAUUUUACUACCGACAGAUCCUUGGAGAAAGCCAUGUCUAUCAACCAGCACGUACCUGUGCAUUCAGCUCACCUCCUCCAGUUUGUUAAUUGGAGCUCCCUGCUGCCUGAGCGCUUUCGGAAAGGACACAUUCAUAAGAAGCCGACGUUUGGCAGUUCUGCACUGGCAAACAAGUAUCCAGGGUUCCUGGAUGUUCGUGCAGCCCCACUGUUGGCCAACGAUACACAGCUGAGUGACUUACCCCAGACCUAUGUGCUCACCUGUCAACAUGAUAUCCUAAGAGAUGAUGGGGUCAUGUACGUCACCCGCCUUCGGAAUGCUGGGGUCCCAGUGACUCAUGACCACAUUGAAAAUGGGUUUCAUGGAUUUAUUUCCGAUAGACUAAAGGUUGGAGCUAGAAUACAAAACCAGUACAUCAAUUGGCUAAGUGAAAAUCUUUAG